AUGCAUCAAAGGAUGAAAAGCGACAUCAGAUUCGAUUAACUUAAACUUGAUUACUUAUAAGGGAACAGUUCCAAAAUACUAAAAUCAGAGUAGGACUCGACCUAACCUUCAUAAACUUAAAUUUUUUAAGGAAACCUUCUUGAAAAUAAAACAGACAGACAAUUAUCCCCUCUUAUAAAUAGCAAUCGACAAAGGCAUAAGUUAAAACAAUGCCAGUCUCUCGCUCUUGAAAAUGACCCUGAUCUUGAAGAGUUUUCCAUUUGGGGAGAUUUAGAAGAAUUGCCAGUCGGAAAUGCUCAAAGCAACCAUUUAAUUUCUUUUUUGGAAUUAUACAAGUAUCGAUACGAAAAAACAACCAAGAAACCAGUUUCUUGUUACAAUGUAAUUCUGAUGACCAAAAAAUUGAUAAACCGACAUUCAAUAGCUAGGUUAAAAUACUACGGGAUAAACAAAAUAUAAUGGAUAGAUUUUAGGGACUGGAGUAGAUCAGGCAAUCUUAAUUCUUUGUGA